GGUGCUGACCUCCCGCCUACAGCACCGCCAUGGCGGCUUGUGCCUUUCGCAGGAGCAUCGCCCGCCAGCUCUCUGAAGUUUUGGAUUUGCCACCGGAGAACUUAAUAAAGUCCAUCUCUGCGGUUCCUGUCUCCAGAAAGCGGCAUGAUGCUGAUUUCCAGCUUUCCGUUGCUUCCAUAGAAGAAGGCGGUUCUAGUGAUUGCUUAGCACAAGAUCUUCAGCUUCGAGCUCAGAAGCUAGCUGAGAAGCUAAAGUGUGAUGCUGUAGUGAGUGAGAUCAGCACUGGUCCAGGAACAGUGAACUUCACAAUAAACAGGGAAUUGCUAGCAAAGACUGUUCUGCAGCAGGUGCUGAAAGAUGGCACACAAUAUGGAACGAAAAGUGAACUUUUCUCUACUGUGCCUAAACAAAAGGCAGUGGUUGAGUUUAGCUCCCCUAAUAUUGCCAAGAAGUUUCACAUCGGACACUUGCGUUCCACAAUCAUAGGAAAUUUUAUAGCAAAUCUCAAAGUUGCACUGGGACACGAAGUAACAAGAAUAAAUUACCUUGGUGACUGGGGCAUGCAGUUCGGCUUACUAGGCGUGGGUUUCCAACAGUUUGGCGACAAAGAAAAGCUGAAAUCCAGUCCUUUACAGCACCUUUUUGAGGUGUAUGUGCAGAUUAACAAAGCAGCAGCAGAUGAAAACACAAAAAAGCUGGCCAAGGAUUUCUUUAGAAAACUGGAGGAACAUGACGAGCAGGCAUUGUCACUUUGGAAAGAAUUUAGAGACUUCAGCAUUAAAGAAUACACCCGAAUUUAUAAGCGUCUAGGAGUGCACUUUGAUGAGUAUUCUGGAGAAUCAUUUUAUAAAGAGAAAUCCUGGGAAGUUCUAAAGAUGUUGGAGGAUAAAGGGCUCCUUCAGAAAACAACAAAAGGGACCGGAGUUGUGGAUCUUUCAGAAAAGAAAGACCUCUCAUCACUUUCCACGGUCAUUCGUAGUGAUGGGACAUCUCUUUAUAUAACAAGAGACCUUGCUGCUGCCAUAGACCGAAUGAAUAAGUAUAACUGGGAUACUAUGAUUUAUGUGACAGACAGAAACCAAAGCAGUCACUUUCAACAUUUGUUCCAAAUACUGAAGCUCAUGGGUUAUGACUGGGUAGAAAGGUGCCAGCAUGUGUCUUUUGGGCUAGUCCAAGGGAUGAAGACUCGGAAAGGAGAAGUUAUUUUCCUGGAAGACGUUUUAGAUGAAGUUCGAUCGAGGAUGUUAGAAAACAUGGCUUCUGCAAAAACAACCAAAGAGGUAGAAGACCCUGUGGAGACAGCAGAGAAGGUUGGUCUUGCAGCACUAAUAAUUCAGGACUUCCGAGGCCUCCUCUCAUCUGAUUAUCAGUUUAGCUGGGAUCGAGCUCUUCAAAGUCGUGGAGAUACAGGCGUGUUCUUGCAGUACACCCAUGCCAGACUCCACAGUUUAGAACAGAUGCAUGGAAAUGAGCCAGUAACUGACAUUAAUGUGGCAUGCUUGCAAGAGCCAGAUGCAAUCUCUGUUCUUCAGCAUCUUCUCAGGUAUGAUGAGGUUCUAUACAGAUCUUCUCAGGAUUUGCAACCCAAGCACAUCGUCAGCUACCUCCUCACACUUAGCCAUCUUGCAGCUGUGGCACAUCGAACUCUUCCUGUGAAAGGCAGCACACCUGCACUAGCCCAGGCAAGGCUCUGUCUCUUUCAAGCCACACGCUCCGUUCUAGCCAAUGGAAUGAAGCUUCUUGGCAUUACACCUGUAACUCGAAUGUAAUGAGGCUGUGUGCAAGGAGGUGCACGUCAGACUAAGAGGCCUCCAUCUGACAUGUCAUCGCUAGCAACCUCUCACCACUGCUCCCAUGCCGGGGCUCUGCUCAUCUCUGAAACUUCCUUUGCAUCCCAUGGACAACCACUCGCAGGACUCAGAUGUCCUCAGCCACUCAGAUGACUUCCUGCUGUGGGUCCGACUGGUUAAAUGCUUACUGACAGUAAUGCUGCCCAAGAGCCGUCACAUGAUACAAAGAAAACACAUGGAAGCAACAAAGCACACAGAACAGACCUCUAGGUUAGAUGCCCUGGGCAUAAACUCUAACUCCUGAAAUGACUGAGUUGGCUUCAAGGAACGUCUUGCUACUCUUUAACUCAUGGAAAAUACAAUUCAAUUAAUUAAAAUUAAUUAAAAUUAAUACAGUAUAGUGAGACGGUAUGGUUAAUAAAUAACUUAGAACAGUUACACUUGAGGUGUUUUAAGAAAAGCAGCCACUUAAGUACCCUGUAUGAUUUUUUUCCCCAAGUUGAAGCAAGAAGAUAAACAAAAAACUGGUUUUGUUAAUGAUGGUAGCACUUAAAAUAACCCAGGAUAGUCUACCUUGAGUUUUCUGCCUGCUGAGAACACCUCCAGAGCAUAACCACAUAUAAUUAGUUUACCAGAAAUUUGGCUGAGCAUGAACCAUAUUUUGUGCAUUUUAUAAACUAAGAAAAUAGAAUGUAAGCCAAUGUCAGACCGCUGCACUAGCUGAGGUGUAGGAAAGAAUGAGUGCUGUCUAGGAAAAAUUAUUCCUCAGUAAUGUUUCGUGUCAUUGGGGCUGACAUGUAUUUGUAUGCGUAUGUGUCUAAAACACUUUUACUAGCAUUGCUGGGUCCUUGAAUGCUUGGAAACUGUCAAAGGAUCAACAGUUUGAAGAAGCUUUUCUCCAUCUCUGAGGGACAAAACCGGAACUUUUUGGGCUUUUCUGGAAUAAAACAUUCAACAUGUUAAGUCCCGAAACUGAAGGUUUAAUGCCAAAAUGACUUAAUUGUAUUAUGGGUGGGAGAAGGAAGAGGAGGAAAGGAAUCUGAAUAGGACUUGUGUUUUAAAGACGUAAAGCCCCAACGGCAUAAGGAGCUGCAUGGAUGAAAUCCUCUGUCUUUCUUGCUGCCUCAAAGCUACAGCUGUCAGUGAGCAAAACACCCAACUGCAAUCCUUUUGCUGGAGAAAAAAGCCAUAUGUGUCUCUAAAUCCCCCAGAGCAGCCCUCACCAGCCCUUCAAAAGGUCUGAAUGUGGAGAGGCACAGCUGUCCACCCACCUCAGCAGAGAAACCUAGAGAGUGUUAGAAGGCUUUGAAUGCUUCACUGUGAAUGCUGUCUUCUGGCUUAGGAGCAUCUGUGGAAAUUAGUACUCUUUCAGUCUUCCAGAUAAAGUUGGUUGAACUCUACCAAGUCUUGUUUGCUAUUUCUAAUUCAGGAUUUCCAUUUCAGUGAAAAAGACACCAAACAAGAAGCCCUCCUCCUUUUCCCCUUUUCCAGCUUGAAUGGGUUCCACGAGUAACAAACGUGUAUGCACAGCACAAGACUAUUCUUGCCUGAUUAUAUGGCAACAGAGAUGUUUUCUUCAUCCAAUCUACAGCCAGGAAAAUACACACCUCUGAGGCAAGGUUCAAAUAGAAUUGCACUACUCUGAGUAGAAACGUGGUUUGAAAAUAAAGUAACAUAACAGAAGUAUUCAGUUUAUCCAGGCCUCCUGCUACUCAUCUUCCUUUCUGCCUUACUUGUGCUUCAUCUCACUUAAAUUUACUCCCUACAACUACAGCAAUGUGUAUUUGAGGGCUGAGCUUCCAGAUGAAUUUAGGAAGAAGCUCAGUUCCUCUUCUAAAAGAAAAAGCAAGUUUUUCAUCUGAUCACCAUAGCAGAGCUGUCCGCUGUGAAACCAAGUUUAUAACACUGAUUUGUUGUACUGACUGAGUCAUUAUAGAGUUCCCCUUCAUAUUAUUCUAAGCAUUUGAAAGGAUCUUCUGCUUUCAAACCAGCCUUCUAAGUUGCAUCACAUAAAACCAGUAGCGUGUGCUCCUAGCCAUUUGUUUCUGCAGCUGGAGUAAUCAUGUCACGAGCCUGGUUUGUAAGUAAUGCAAGUACUGCAAGGUAAUUACAGGCAGAGGGAAUAAAGUUCUGAUUUAUCUUAUAACCAGCAAAGAUAGCUUACAGAGUAGAGUACAGGAGAACAGAACAGUUGGCCACUUCAGAGCUAACUGAAAGUUAAAGCCCAUUAACAAGGGCGUUAUCCAAAAGCCUCCAGAACACUUGACAGCCAUGGGGCAUGAAGCACCUUGCUAGGAAGCCUGUUCCAGUGUCUGGUCACCAUCACAGCAAAAGAAUUUUUCCUACUGCCCAUUCUCACCCUCCCGUGGUGUGGCUUUGUGCCAUUCCUACAUGUCCUGUCAACACAGAAUGCACACAAUGCAAACGAUGCCAUUCCUGAGUGUCCUAUUGAUGCAGAACGUACAUAACAGAGAACAUCUGGUUUAAAUACCAUGAAUUAUCCAAACACGUCUAUAAGAACUGUGUGCGGAAAUAAUACUUUACCUGCAAAUCCC